AUGGUUAUUCAGAAUCCUGUGUGGUCCGGGGGUUCAUUCCCUCCCCGGUACCCAACCUUUGCCGAAGAGAUCCGCAAAGUCUUCCAGCACGCAUCCAGUGACCAAGAGCCAUCCCAGCGCCUGAUCGCCCUUAGCCAUGGCAGGAAAACUGUGGCAGACCAUUCCAUCGACUUCCGCACUCUCGCGGCGGCCACCACAAGCCCCCAAGCCCUCCCUGGAGAAGGUUCUAAGAACGUCAAUCCAGAUGCCCUAUCCCAGCAAUUCGACACCUGCUCCGAGCGAGUGUCGCCUGAGAAUAUCCUCCCGGGUUCCUGCAUUGUCGUUUCCGUAACCUGGAAGAUUGAGGCGGUGAUCCAGAGGGCUCUACGGGAGGAGCCCAAUCCCAGGCCCAACCCCGGAGCACGCCUCCACGUCCCCUCAGCUGCUCAGACACAGCUCCAACCUCUGCCCGUGCCCAGCCAACAGGAGAGGGGGCAGUGGGGGAGUAAGGUGGAGUUCCUCCUGGCAGUGGCAGGGAACAUAGUGGGGCUGGGAAACGUGUGGAGGUUCCCAUACCUCUGCUACAAGAAUGGCGGCGGAGCGUUCCUUGUGCCAUAUCUGGUCUUUGUGGUCACCUGUGGGAUGCCCCUGUUCCUGCUGGAGACUGCCAUGGGGCAGUACACCCAGGAGGGGGCCAUCACCUGCUGGAGGAAGCUGUGCCCAUUGGCUGAGGGGAUUGGCUAUGCAGGUCAGCUGAUCCAGUUUUACAGUUGCAUGUGUUACAUCAUCAUUCUGGCCUGGGCCCUCUUCUACCUCUACUUCUCCUUCAGCUCCGAGCUGCCCUGGGCCAGCUGCUCCAACACCUGGAACUCAGAUCACUGUGUGGAUUUCUCCAAUCAAAACCUCACUGCAAACUGGACCCAACAGCCCAACAGCUCAUCUUCUGCAGCCACCGAGUUUUGGGAGAGACGUGUGCUGCUGAUCUCGGGGGGCAUUGAGGAGGUGGGCAGCGUGAGGUGGGAGCUGCUCCUGUGCCUCAUCACUAUGUGGGUCAUCUGCUACUUCUGUAUCUGGAAGGGGGUGAAGUCUACAGGCAAGGUGGUUUAUUUCACAGCUACAUUCCCAUACGUGAUGCUUUUGGUGUUGUUGAUACGAGGGCUAACUCUACCUGGAGCUCUGCAGGGGGUGGAGUUCUACCUGUACCCUGACCUCUCUCGCCUGGCAGACCCACAGGUGUGGAUGGAGGCAGGAUCUCAGAUCUUCUUCUCCUACAGUGUUGGAGCGGGUACUCUGACUGUGCUGGGUAGCUACAACACCUAUAACAACAACUGCUACAAGGACAGUUUAUGGCUGUGUCUGCUGAACAGCGGGACCAGCCUGGUGGCAGGAUUUGCGGUCUUUUCUGUGCUGGGGUUCAUGGCACAUGAGCAGGGUGUCCCCAUAGAGGCAGUGGCAGAAUCAGGACCUGGUCUGGCAUUCAUUGCGUACCCUCAAGCAGUAGCAAUGAUGCCCCUACCUCAGCUGUGGGCCGUCUGCUUCUUCAUUAUGAUCAUCCUGUUGGGCCUGGACUCUCAGUUUGUGGGGAUGGAGGGCUUGAUCACAUCUGUGACGGACUUGUUUCCCAAGGUACUACGUAAGGCCAAAAACAGAGCGAUCUUCCUCCUGCUCUUCUGCCUCACCUGCUUCGUCUUGCAGCUGGUGAUGGUCACACAGGGGGGGAUGUAUGUGUUCCAGCUCUUCGACUACUAUGCCAGCAAUGGGGCCUGUGUGUUCUUCCUGUGUGUGUUUGAAGUUCUGCCCAUGGGCUGGCUGUUUGGGGCGGAGCGCAUGAUGGAUGUGAUCGAGGACAUGACCGGGGAACGGCCCAGCCUCAUCUUUAAGCUCUGCUGGCUCUACUUCACCCCACUGGUGACCCUGGGAUCCUUCAUCUUCUCUCUGGUGAAGUACCAGCCCCUGACCUUUAACCACUGGUAUGUGUAUCCAGACUGGGCGUACGUGCUGGGCUGGCUGCUGGCCCUCUCCUCUGUUGUACUGGUGCCGGGGUGGAGUGUGGUCAAGCUCUCCAUCAGCACUGGCACUCUCAGACAGCGAUUGUCUCAUCUGUGUCACCCUGAUGAUGACCUGCCCCUGACCCGGAAGCAAAUGGCAGAGCGGGGGAAUGCAGUUUCUGCUACAGAGCUGGAAGAGUUCAGGACCAACUAA